UGUCUAAAGAAGAGAAAUGAUCUCUCAGUUUCUCUCUCAAAUGAACAAAUUCUAGAGAGAGAAAAACAUAAGUUUUCUUCUUCAUAAAGAUUACUCUUUGUUUUUGAUCUGGGUUUUUUUAAUUUAUUUAAUUUGAUUGAUUAGAAUGAGUGGAAAUUCAAGAUUCAUCAAAUGUGUAACGGUGGGGGAUGGAGCCGUUGGGAAGACAUGUCUUCUGAUCUCUUAUACUAGCAAUAGUUUCCCAACGGAUUAUGUUCCAACUGUGUUUGAUAACUUCAGUGCUAAUGUAUCUGUUGAUGGACAAAUCAUCAAUUUGGGACUUUGGGAUACUGCAGGUCAAGAAGAUUACAACAGGCUAAGGCCUCUUAGUUAUAGAGGUGCAGAUGUCUUCAUUCUAUCAUUUUCUCUAAUAAGUAAACCUAGCUUCGAGAAUAUAUCAAAGAAAUGGGUCCCGGAGUUGAGACAUUAUGCUCCACUUGUGCCUAUUGUUCUUGUGGGGACAAAACUAGAUUUAAGAGAGGAUAAUCAGUUCAAAAUGGACUAUCCAGGUGCAUGUAUCAUCUCUCCUCAACAGGGCGAAGAACUAAAGAAGCAGAUUGGAGCGGUUGCAUAUGUCGAGUGCAGCGCCAAGACACAACAGAAUGUGAAAGGUGUAUUUGAUGCUGCAAUCAAGGUGGUUCUUCAGCCACCCAAAUCCAAGAAGAAGAAGAAACAAUAUAGAGUUUGUCGCAUCCUCUAGACAAUCAAUAUGAUCAUUCGUUAUGAUGUUCAUUCGAUCUUUCUUCUUUAACUGUGGAUUCUAGUGCUUGAUCGACCCGGUCUUUUUUCUAUUUGUUUGAACUAAUCUAUUUUUUUGGUUUCACUUUUUUUUAUAUCUUUUUGUUAUUUGGAUUGUUUGAAGGUUCUUUUAAAAUAACCGCGAUAAAAUAACAAAUGUAUAUGAGCUUGUUUUUA